UAGCGGUCAAAUUUAAGAUCCCUAGAAGCAAUCCGUUUAUGCUAUCGGUUUAGUGGCUAACUUUAGCCGCUUAGCUAACAUUACCAGUCCACGUUAGCAUUAUGUACCAUUCUACCUAACGUAACAUGGCUCGAAAAUGGCUUUUGGGUAAUGCAAUGUGCAUUUACAAAAUAAUCUGAACUAAAUCUGCCGAUGCAGUGACGUGCAGUAUCUGAAGAGGCCUCCUGUUCGCCCCUACCUGGUCCUGCAGAUGUCUUCUCUGCCACUGACUCUGCAGCACAGAGCCUGGACAUCAGGAAGCCUCAGUCAAACAUCUCCUCUAAUGCGCAUGACCACCAUUUCCAGAACUGCAACUCCACUUUGUGGCCUCCUGCCUACCCAGCCAGUGUUGGGUAGACCACUUGGCAUAAAACUUUUUUGGCCGCCUUUGGCCAUACUCACCGUUUAGCUGUUGCUUUUUUCUUUUUCUUUUGUGCUUGUUGCCUUGAACUGCUGGCCCACUGCUUGGGACUCAGCAUGGAGAAUAUGGAGCAAUGCGUUUCCCAGGUGAUGCAGAAGGACCUAGGCCGGCGAUUACAAGUCGGUCAGGAUAUUAUAGACUACAUCUUGGACAAGCAGAGAUCCCACGACUUGGAACAGGAUCAGACUCUGCUUGACAGAAUGGCGGACAACAUUGCCUCGUCAUGGGUCAAUUCCAGUAAUUUUAAGGUUGCAUUGCUGGGAAUGGACCUGUUGUCAGCCUUAGUUACCAGGUUGCAGGAUCGGUUCCGUCCCCAGAUAGGAACAGUCCUGCCCAGUCUGAUAGACCGCUUGGGGGACGCCAAGGACCAGGUGAGGGACCAGGACCAAACCCUGCUGCUGAAGAUCAUGGAGCAAGCGGCCACUCCCCAGUACGUGUGGGAUCGAAUGUUGGGCGGAUUCAAACACAAAAACAACCGGACCAGAGAAGGAGUCUGCCUCUGCCUUAUCUCCACCCUUAAUUUAUAUGGAGCCCAAGGACUCACCCUCAGCAAAAUUGUACCUCACAUAUGUAACCUGUUAGGAGACCCAACAAGCCAGGUUCGUGACGGAGCCAUGAACUGCUUGGUGGAGAUCUACAGACACGUGGGGGAGAGGGUCCGCAUGGACCUGGGAAAGAAAGGCCUUCCCCAGUCCCGCUUGAAUGUAAUUUUUAGCAAAUUUGACGAAGUCCAAAGAUCGGGAAACAUGAUUCUCUCCUCUGAUAAGAACAUCGACGAUGACGACUCUGUGGACGGGGGCCGUUCCUCGUCCUCUAAGGGGGCGUCGUCUGUGCGACGGCCAGGAAACACCGGCUCCAUGCGCCGGCCUAGCUCCGCCUCCAGCUCCAAAUCCACAGGUAAAGAGGGUGGCAGCGCUGGGGCCGUGGAUGAGGAGGACUUCGUCCGUGCCUUUGAGGACGUGCCCACAGUACAGAUCUACUCGAGCCGUGAGCUGGAGGACUCCAUGAACAAGAUCAGAGAGGUCCUGUCAGACGAGCGUCAAGACUGGGAGCACAGGGUCACCGCGCUGAAGAAGGUACGCUCAUUGCUGCUGGCCGGCGCUGUGGAAUAUGAGGGUCUCUCUCAGCAUUUGCGUCAGAUGGAGCCGGCCUUCAAGCUCUCGGCCAAAGACCUGCGCUCACAGGUGGUCCGAGAGGCCUGCAUCACGCUUGGGCACCUGUCCGUGUUGCUGGGUAACCGCUUUGACCACGGCGCGGAGUCCAUCAUGCCCACGCUGCUCAACCUGGUACCUAACAGCGCCAAGAUCAUUGCCACGUCCGGCAUGGCUGCCGUCCGCAUCAUCCUGCGUCACACCCACUACCCUCGCCUCAUCCCCAUCAUCACCAGCAGCUGCAUCUCCAAAUCUGUGGCCAUCCGACGGCGCUGUUAUGAGUUCCUGGACCUGAUCUUACAGGAGUGGCAUACAAACGCUCUUGACAGGCAUGUUGCAGUGCUCAGUGAGACCGUCAAGAAAGGAGUCCAUGACGCAGACUCGGAGGCCAGAUCUGUGGCCAGAAAGUGCUAUUGGGGUUUCCAUGGCCACUUCAGCCGGGAGGCGGAGCAACUGUUUCAGGCUCUGGAGCUGUCCUAUCAGAAGGCUCUUCAGUCCCACCUAAAGGGCUCUGACAGCGUCAUGUCCCUCCCCCAAUCAGAUCGCUCCUCUUCCAGUUCCCAGGAGAGCCUCAAUCGGCCGCUUUCGAAGAGCAGCCUUGGAGUUGGCGCAGGCAGAACUGUGAAGGCGGUUCCUUCGCGAGCGACUCCAGGCUCCUCCUCCCUGCAACGUUCCCGUAGCGACAUCGAUGUGAAUGCCGCAGCCAGUGCCAAGUCUCGCAUGCCCUCAGUGCCCAGUGCUGCCCCCUUCAGUUCUGCCAACGCACUGCCCCCCGGCUCCUACGCCUCCCUAGAUGGCGGUACCCCUGGUAAAGUGGAGGGUCGUGUACGUACCAGGAGACCAAGUGCUGGCAGCACAGCAGGAAGUGUCACCCCAGCCACAGACAGCAGGGGGCGCAGUCGAGCUAAAGUGGUGUCUCAGUCUCAGCGAUCCAGAUCUGCUAACCCCACAGGCAGUGCGGGCAGUCGUUCCAGCUCCCCCGGUAAGCUGCUCGGUCACACAUACGGGCGUAUCCCUCGUCCCACGGGAACCGCAACGCCGUCGGACGGCAGGCGCAGCCGCAUCCCCCGCAGCCAGGGCUGCAGCCGCGAGACCAGCCCCACACGCUCCAGCUCGGUGCGGGUGAGUCGUAUCCCGCGGCCCAGUGCGAGUCAGGGCUGCAGUCGUGACACGAGUCGCGAGAGCAGCCGUGACACCAGCCCCGCCCGUGGCUUCACCCCGCUGGUGUCACGGCGUCACUCCCGCUCCACGAGCGCGCUCACAGCGGCCGACCCACUCGGCUACUCAGACCGCUUUGGCCUGGCCCACCAGGCUCGGAUCUCGGCCUCCGUUAACGCCAUGCGCAUCCUCAACACAGGCACUGAUGUGGAGGCGGCUGUGGCAGACGCUCUGCUUUUAGGCGACUCCAGGAAUAAGCGGAGGCCGAUGCGGCGUCGGUACGAGUCGCCGGGGAUCUACUCCGACGACGACGCCAACAGCGACGCGUCGAGCGCUUGCUCGGAGCGUUCGUACGGCUCACGGAACGGCGGCAUGCCGCACUACAUGCGCCAGACGGAGGACGUGGCCGAGGUGCUGAACCACUGCGCCAGCUCCAACUGGUCGGAGAGGAAGGAGGGCCUGCUGGGCCUGCAGAACCUGCUCAAGAGCCAGCGCAUCCUCAGCCGUGUAGAGCUGAAGCGGCUCUGUGAGAUUUUCACCAGAAUGUUUGCAGACCCACACAGCAAGAGAGUGUUUAGCAUGUUCCUGGAGACACUGGUGGACUUCAUCACGCUGCACCGUGAGGACCUGCAGGACUGGCUCUUCGUCCUGCUCACCCAGCUGCUGAAGAAGAUGGGCGCCGACCUGCUGGGCUCCGUCCAGGCCAAGGUCCAGAAGGCCCUUGACGUCACCAGGGAUUCCUUUCCGUACGAUCAGCAGUUCAACAUCCUGAUGCGGUUUAUCGUCGACCAGACUCAAACACCCAACCUCAAGGUGAAGGUGGCCAUCUUGAAGUACAUCGACUUGCUCGCCCGCCAGAUGGACCCCACGGACUUCGUGAACUCCAGCGAGACGCGGCUGGCGGUCUCGCGCAUCAUCACGUGGACCACCGAACCCAAAAGCUCCGACGUCCGCAAGACCCUGCAGAGCUGGGCAGGGGAUGACUGGGCUGGCAGGCCUGGCUCUCUGCUUUCCCUGCCCACGGAGAGUAACAUGGAGGAGAGGUGCAAGCAGGCGGCUCAGAUGGUCCUGAUCUCUCUGUUUGAGCUGAACACCCCGGAGUUCACCAUGCUGCUGGGAGCUCUGCCCAAGACCUUUCAAGACGGAGCCACCAAGCUCCUACACAACCACCUCAAGAACUCCAGCAACGCUGCCGCUGUGGGUUCUCCCAGUAACACAGUUGGCCGGACCCCUGCUCCUCGCCACCCCAGCAGCCGCACCAGCCCCCUCACCUCCCCCACCAACUGCUCCCAUGGGGGGCUCUCGCCCAGUCGGCUUUGGGGGGGCAGCUGGAGCACUAACGGCCUUUCUAAGCACCCCCCUCCCUUCCCUCCACCCUCCUCCUCCUCCUCCUCCUCCACCCCUGCCGCUCCCUCCACUAGGGGUCCUCCCCGCCGCGCUUUCUCCCCCAGCAUGAUGGAGUACGACACAGAGAACAUGAACUCGGAUGAGAUCUACAGCUCGCUGCGCGGCGUGACCGAGGCCAUCCAGAACUUCAGCUUCCGCAGCCAGGAGGACGUGCUGGAGCCCGUCAGAAGGGACGGCAAGCGAGACGACCCGGCUGGCGGUAUGGCGUCGUCGGGGGCGGAGCAGCGGGUUGGCAUGGACGUGGUGGAGAGCGGUGGCGGUCGGACGGCGCUGGACAACAAGACGUCUCUGUUGAACACGCCGUCGCCGCGCUCCUUCAGUGGCCCGCGCGGGCGCGACUACAACCCCUACAACUACACGGACACCAUCAGCGGCUACGACCGCAGCGCCCUCAAGGAGGCCGUGUUCGACGACGACGCCGAGCACUUCAGAGAUGGUCGUCGACAGCAGGAAGGUGGUGAAAAUAAGAUCAUGCACCCCAAAGCCUUCCCAACAGGUGCAGGGCAGCAGCUGGAGCUGGUGGGGGACCUGCUGAAGGAGCUGUCCAGCUCCAUGGGUGACCGGGUGGAGGAGCGGCGGACGGCGCUGCUGGAGCUGCUCAAGGUCACGCGGGAGGACUGCCUGGCCGUCUGGGACGAGCACUUCAAGACCAUGCUGCUGCUGCUGCUCGAGACACUCGGGGACAAGGACCACACCAUUCGCGCCCUAGCGCUCCGGGUUCUGAGAGAGGUCUUGCGGAACCAGCCUGCCCGCUUCAAGAACUAUGCAGAACUCACCAUCAUGAAGACCCUGGAGGCCCACAAGGACUCCCAUAAAGAGGUGGUGCGUGCGGCGGAGGAGGCCGCCUCCACCCUGGCCAGCUCCAUCCACCCAGAGCAGUGCAUCAAGGUGCUGUGCCCCAUCGUGCAGACGGCCGACUACCCCAUCAACCUGGCCGCCAUCAAGAUGCAGACCAAAGUCAUCGAGCGCAUCGCCAAGGAUUCGCUCAUCACACUGCUGCCCGACAUCAUCCCAGGCCUGCUGCAGAGCUAUGAUAACACUGAGAGUAGUGUGCGCAAGGCGAGUGUGUUCUGCCUGGUGGCCAUCUACUCUGUGAUCGGAGAGGAUCUCAAGCCUCACCUGGCCCAGCUCACGGGUAGCAAGAUGAAGCUGCUGAACCUGUACAUCAAGAGGGCCCAGACCACCAACAGCAACAGCAGCAGCUCCUCAGACGUCUCUUCUCACAGCUAAAGACCACGCCUCCAAUCCUCCAAUCACCUUGGCACCCCACUCAGACGUCUCGUCCAGCUAAAGACCAGUCCUCCGGUCACCUCACCGCUCCACUCCGCCACUUAGCACCUCCCUAAUGUCACACACCCGCCCAUAAGGCUUUAUCUCCACCCAGAGGUUCCGAUCAUAAGCAAGACACUUUAUCCCGCUGAAAUUCAGUGUAGUUUGUCCCUCUGUCUAGCCCAUCGGUAAACAGUGUUUUAGAUUGUUGUUUUUUUUUUUUUUUUUUCCUGAUUUGGAAAUUCUGUUAACUCCACUCUGUUUAUGAUUGCGUGGGUAUUUCAGAAUAUGGUGUUCUAUGUUUUCUUUUGUUUGUUUAUUUUUAAUUGUUUGUUGAAUGUAAAGGGACUCUUUGGGUCUCCAUGACUACGCUGCCUCGUGGCUCUCCAGAACAUUCUGAUGUGAGAUCAGUCAUCUUGGGAACAGAGACGCAUUUAUGGGCAUUUAAAGAUUUUACUGUAAGUGUUAAAACUCUAGAGGAAAAAACAAACAAACAUGCAAGUCUGUGAUGAAGUCUCUACUUGAUCUUUUUGUUUUCACAUUGCCCAUGGAAGGUGAAGAAGAAACUGUGAAUUUCUAGGGAAUCGUUCCUUCUCCGUCUCCCAUCACAGUCGCGAUGUUUGUUGUCGUUUGGGAAUGUACAGUCGUGGCGUGGGUGUUUUCAGUUACAAUCAUUCACUUUGGGUUUGUUUAUGUGUGCUAGACUGUCGGAUCAUUGUUUGGCUGGGCCAGUGAUUUACAUUACAAAAUUCUGAUUUGACCUCUCUGAGGUCAAAGGUGAAACUUGGAACAUAAGGAAGUAGAGACUUUUACAUUAUUUUUCACAAGGACCACUUAAUUUUAUGUGAUUUCAUUCUUUUAUUUUUUUUGUUAUUAAGGACCAGAUUAUGUAAGAAGGUUGAAUAUAUAAAUAUGAUUGUGUAUCAGAUAGAACCGUUGUUACUUUAAAAGAAGUAAGAAGCACUAGUAAACUAAGUAUGAUUGAUAGUUCCCUGAAACAUGAGUUUAUGCUGGAAUUUUUAAAAUCUUAUCAGUGUUUUGUUUUGUUCUUGAAAUCCCCAAAUAGAACAUGACUUGGCAUAAAGGAAAUAUCAACUUUAUUGAUAGCUUCUGGGAGGGGAGGGUAGAGAGGGGUGUUUGGACAAUCUCAGUUGUUGUGUGUAGAAUAAACAUGCAGUCCCAGUGAUCAAAAUGAAAAUUCUUACAAAAGGCUGUGGAAAUAUCAGCCAAAUGUCAAUGUAGGAUGUUUUCCAGAGCAAUAAUUUUUAGAAAAAAAAAUUAAAUAAUCCAAAUUGGAUUUUCUCGUAUUCAGUGCAAACAAAAAAUCGUCCCAACCCAGUAUACCCCCUUAUUCCUGGCGUCUGCGUCGUUUUUUUGGGCUUGUAGAAGGUGAAAGUUCACAGACACUUUCAGCUGCUUUACAUAUGAAAGCCCGACACCUCACCUGCAGUAUGUACUUGCUGAACGUUGGAGUAUUGGAGUACGUCAUUUGGGGCUUGGGAGGGGGGAGUUUUCUGACAACACUAGUCGGCCUUACUGAUUACUGUCUCACUGCGUGGGGGCGUCCCGUGAGCGGUGUUCUUCGAGCCCUGUUAGGGGGGGUGGGUGGGGGGGUCCAGUACUUUAGAAGAGUACUGUGGAUGGAAACAGUGAUUUUAUAGUUUGAUUUUCAUCCAUGUCUUAUCUAUUUAUGGAAGUUCUCUGCCUGUUAUCUCUUCCCUGAUGUGAUUGUCGAGCUUUGGGCAGUUUUUAAUGAAAAGCUUUAUAUAUAUAUAAAUAUACAUACUAAAUCUACACACACAGCUCUCAACCCAAGGCCACUGCUUUGCCAGGUUUUGAACACGUAGUGUGAAGAAUUACUCACUCCUCUUCUUUUGCACGCUAAGCAAAUGCAUGCACGUUCUCCCUUUAUUUGCUUUCUCAGCCCCUGCAGUCCUACAAAACCAAAUCAACCUCUCCUUCUGUUUUAUUUGAUUUGAUUUGUUUUUUUUUCUCUCUCUCUCUCUCUCUUUAGCCCACCUGUGCAUUUUGGCACCGCGUCUGUUUUGCUCAAGCGUAGGAUGCAGCUGAGACUGAGCUUAACAUACUGCUUCUGGCUAGCGUUUCCGAACCUCCAGAGCUGGACGUAUAACCCUGAGCGAGUGCCCACCCUGCCACUGGGACUCGAGUAGACCAGGGACCUCUGUUACUUUAUGUUACCGUUUAGUCAUCUCUCUACACACGUCGUUUGAAAGUCUAGCAUAGAGUUUCGGACUUUGGAAAAAGUUACUGGUGAAAGUGCACACUUGGAGAAGUGUUUCCCUGAUGCCUAGUAGUACCAUCUGUUUCACUCUCCUCCACUUGAUCAUCCGCAAAUGUAUUUAACUGGGAGAUGCUUCCCUACACCUGCUAGGGAGAAGGCCAGCGUUCAGUAGAAGGCAGUUUGUUAAAGAUGGCAGCCGAUUACGUAUUGCUUUGUUGCUCAGCUAAUGUUGACCAUUAGGAAUGGUGUAUUUGCAAACUGCUUACUGCGCAUGUCCUUUGCUCUUCUUUGUUUUCUUCCUCCUUCUCCUUCCUCCUCUCCUUGUUAGCUUCUGUUCUCUAAUCUGUAUUUAUGUUCUUUUUUUCUUUGUGUGUAUUAUGACAAAUGUACAUAUGACCCAUUUUCUUUCUUUCUUUUUUUUUUUUUUUGUCAAGUCACUUGUGAUGGAAUUUGCAAAAUGAACUUAAUUAUGCUUUAGAAAUAAAAUAAAACCUCAGUUUUCCA